CUGCCAUGUGUAUCUCCUGUUCUUAAAAUCUAUGGACAGUGACUACUUGUGUCUCAUUGUUCUGGGGCAUGUCCAUCAAAAUGGAGCAUUUGCUGACACUGUCUGGACAAAUACACUCCAAAUAAUGUAUGAACUCAAUGUCAAAAAUCACACAAGAAUGAGCUAUGUGUACUUCUUCAAAUUCAACAUAUUCGUGGCUGCAGAAGAGCAGAUGAAUAUCACUGGGGCCUGGUUUAUGUCAGCAAACUUCACUGAGGUAGACAUUCUGAAUGAGUCUACUGUCCCCGGACUGAAUAUGUUAUUACCAUGUGUGACAGUGUCAGUGGGGGCUGUAAAAGCUCUCAUCUGUUCCUUCCUAAGGCAUACAGAUCACUGGACCAUGCCUUCCUCGAUCUGUGUUUGUAAUACUAUGCGAUGCAAGUGUGUACUGUCACUCCACAGAUCUCUGUGCAUGAUCUCCCCUGUAAAUGGUGACAGAGGCACUAGCAACUGCUGUGCUGAAUUUGAACAGUUUAUACACAUAUGGAGAUAUUCACAGGACCAACAAAGAGAGUUAAACCAAAUGGAUAAAAUGGAAAUCAGUCCACUACAAUGGCAGAUCUGCACUCAACUAUUCAACAGAGGCCUGUCUCAUCAGUGGAUUAGUCAGAAACUCAAAUCUAAGUUUUCUACUGUUUUUUACAAUCUCAUGGUGCUCUUUGAGUUCACUUACUGUUAG